AUGAAGUGGUUCAAAGGGCUUGGCCUCACCUCUCCAUCCUCUCCCUACUCAGGGGUCAUAAUCACCAAGGUGGACUGGCAGCAUUUGAAAAAUGGCACUGCCCACCACACCCAGGAGUACACUUGCUCUGAGCUGGUGGUUCGCAGGGGCCAGUUGUUCAACAUAACACUGGAUCUGAACAGAGUCCUGGACAGAGAGGAGGACCUCAUCUUCACUGUGGAGACAGGACCCCAGGCAUCUGAGGCCCUCCACACCAAAGCCACAUUCCAGACAGCAGAGCUAGAGGUGAAUAACACCUGGACAGCUGCAAAAGGGGCACAGACAGAAAACACUGUGACCAUCAGCCUCAUCAGUCCUCCCAAUGCAGUCAUCGGCCGCUACCUGCUGAGUGCAAGGGCUUCUUCUCGCCGGAAACACAGUGACAGGAAGCUGGGCGAGUUUGUUCUCCUGUUCAAUCCUUGGUGUCCAGAGGACGAUGUGUUUCUGGACUCAGAGGAGGAGAGACAGGAGUAUGUGCUCAACGACAGUGGUGUCAUCUUCCGAGGCGUGGAGAAGCACAUCCGAGCCCAGGGCUGGAACUACGGGCAGUUUGAGGAAGAUAUCCUGGACAUCUGCCUUUCCAUCCUGGACCGAAGCCCCAGUCACCAAGAUGACCCAGCCACUGAUGUGUCCCACCACCACGACCCUGUGUAUGUCACCAGGAUCAUCAGUGCCAUGGUGAACAGUAACAAUGAUCGGGGUGUGGUGCAGGGCCACUGGCAGGGCAAAUAUGGUGGUGGCACCAGCCCACUGCACUGGAGUGGCAGCGUGGCCAUCUUGCAGAAGUGGUUCAAGGGCAGGUACAAGCCGGUCAAAUACGGCCAGUGCUGGGUCUUCGCUGGAGUCAUGUGCACAGUCCUCAGGUGCCUGGGAAUCGCAACACGGGUGGUGUCCAACUUCAACUCAGCCCACGACACCAAUGAGAACCUGAGUGUGGACAAAUACGUUGACUCUUUCGGCCGAACCCUGGAGGACCUAACAGAAGACAGCAUGUGGAAUUUCCACGUCUGGAACGAAAGCUGGUUUGCCCGGCAGGACCUGGGUCCGUCCUACAACGGCUGGCAGGUGCUGGACGCCACGCCCCAGGAGGAGAGCGAAGGUGUGUUCCAGUGCGGCCCUGCCUCGGUCACUGCCAUCCGCGAGGGUGACGUGCACCUGGCCCACGACAGCCCCUUUGUGUUUGCGGAGGUCAACGCCGACUACGUCACCUGGCUGUGGAACGAGGACGAGAGCGUGGAGCGAGUGUACUCUGACACCAAGAAGAUCGGGAGAUGCAUCAGUACCAAGGCGGUGGGCAGCAACUCCCGCGUGGACAUCACAGAACUCUACAAGUACCCAGAAGGGUCCCGGAAGGAGAGGCAGGUGUACAGCAAGGCUAUGAAGAAGCUGCUCAGCAUGGACACCUGGGUGAGGAGGACGAAGAUCCGCAGGGCUGGAAGACAGUGUCUCUGGCGUGAUGACCUCCUGCAGCCCCCCUGCAAACCCAGCAUCACUGGCAAGUUCAAAGUGCUGGAGCCACCAGUGCUGGGCCAGGAGCUAAGGCUGGCUUUUUGCUUAGCCAACCUCACCUCUCGGGUCCAGCGAGUCCAGGUCAAUCUAAGUGGUGCCACCAUCCUCUACACCCGUAAGCCAGUGGCAGAGAUCCUGCAUGAGUCCCACCCAGUGAGACUGGCUCCACUAGAAGAGAAGACAGUCCCAGUCUCAAUAUCUUACUCUCAAUACAAAGAAGACCUGACAGAAGACAAGAAGAUCCUGUUGGCUGCCAUGUGCCUUGUCAUCAAAGGAGAGAAGCUCUUGGUGGAGAAGGACAUUACCCUGGAGGAUUUCAUCACCAUCAAGGUGCUGGGCCCAGCGAUGGUGGGAGUGGAAGUUGCAGUGGAAGUGUUGGUGGUGAACCCACUCCUGGAGGCAGUGAAGGACUGUGUGCUGGUGGUGGAGGGCAGUGGCCUUCUCCAAGGACAACUUAGCAUCAAUGUACCCAGUCUGCAGCCCCAGGAAAGAGCCUUGGUCCAGUUCAACAUCACCCCCUCCAAGAGUGGCCCAAGGCAGCUGCAGGUGAACCUCGUCAGCUCCCACUUUCCAGACAUCAAGGGCUUUUUGGUUGUCCAUGUGAUUACAGCCAAGUGA